CAGAGGGUCAGAUUCGGCUUUGAUUCGAUGUGAAGUGCCUCGCGAUGUGUUAUACAUGAAAAGGCUGUACGUGGCGCUCUGGCUUUAAUGGUGACACUAGCAGCGAGGCCAAUGACAGCAGAUAGAACCUCCAGCAGGCUUUUCGAACGCGCGACAUUUUUUAACAAACUGCGCCCCAUGGUUACGUCACGCGAGAUGACGUGGUCGUAGAGAGAUGGAAGGAGGCGCAGGAGUGGGACAGAGGAACGAGCGACUUCACCCGCACUCCGCGCCGGAGCGUUGAGCUCAGUGCCUUUGGAGCGGAACAUCACGACGGCCAAGGAGAAGCGGGGUUUUUGAUCUAUUUGCGGUAUUGUGCGCAGCGCGAUGGCACGAGGAGAGGGCGCCGAGGCGCACGCGGCCACCUUACUGCCAAUCGAACCCAUGACUGCCGAGAUCAAGACACUGAAGCCAAAGGACCCGAGGAAUCGCCUGACGGUGUGGAACAAACUGUGCUACGCCAUCGGCGGGGCCCCCUACCAGAUCACCGGCAGCGCUUUGGGCUUCUUCCUGCAGAUCUACCUGCUGGAUGUGGCUCAGCUGGAUCCCUUCCAUGCCUCAAUCAUCCUGUUUGUGGGCCGGGCCUGGGACGCUGUAACAGACCCCACUGUGGGAUUCCUGGUGAGCCGGAGUCGAUGGACGGCCAUCGGCCGAAUGAUGCCCUGGAUCCUUUGCUCUACUCCGUUUGCCGUGCUGACCUACUUCCUGAUCUGGUACGUGCCUCCUUUUGAGCAGAACAAGGUGGUCUGGUACCUGGUCUUCUACUGCCUCUUCCAAUCGAUGCAGACGUGCUUCCACGUGCCGUACUCGGCCCUCACCAUGUUCAUCAGCAACGACCAGAAAGAGAGGGACUCCGCCACCGCCUACCGUAUGAUGGUGGAGGUGCUGGGCACGGUGCUGGGCACGGCCAUCCAGGGACAGAUAGUGGGCGGAGCCUCAAACUGUCCCGCCGAGCCGGGGGACGCGGGCGGCGGGAACUGGACCAACGCGACCUCGGUCUCCCUGGAGGAGACGAAACGAGCCUACUUGAUCGCGUCGGGGGCCAUUUGCGUCCUCUACGUCCUCUGUGCGGCGGUCUUGUUUUUGGGUGUGACGGAGCAGAAAGAGAGCGGGCGGCAGAAGACGGUGCUCACCUUCGGGCAGGGCGUGUGGCUGGUGAUGAGCUACGGGCCGUACGUCAAGCUGGUCAUCGGCUUCCUCUUCACCUCGCUGGCCUUCAUGCUGCUGGAAGGAAACUUUGCCCUUUUCAUCAUCUACGCACUCGGCCAUAGGAACGACUUCCAGAACAUUCUUCUGGUCAUCAUGCUCUCCGGGGCUCUAACCAUCCCGUGGUGGCAGUGGUUCCUGACCCGCUUCGGGAAGAAGAACGCGUCUUACUUCGGCAUCACGUGGGCGGUGCCUUUCAUGGUCCUGAUCGUCUGCGUCCGGAGCAACCUGGUGGUCUCGUACCUGGUGUCGGUGGCGGCGGGUGUGAGCGUGGCGGCGGCCUUCCUGCUGCCGUGGUCGAUGCUCCCCGACGUAGUGGAUGACUUCAGGGUGAGAAACCCGGAGAUCCAAGGUCACGAAGCGCUCUUCUACUCCUUCUACGUGUUCUUCAUCAAGUUCGCCUCCGGCGUCUCCCUGGGCGUCUCCACGCUCAGCUUGAAAUUUGCCGGCUAUGUGACCGGGAGCUGCUCCCAGCCGGAGGCGGUCGGUUUGACGCUGAAGGUGCUGGUCUCUCCGGUGCCGGUCUGCCUCAUAGCCGUGGGGCUGUUGAUAUUGAAGACGUACCCCAUUGACGAAGAAAGGAGGCAGUGCAACCGAAAACUACUGCAGGAAAUGCUGGACUCUGAGUGCGAGACGUCGGCGCUCGGCAGCGAGGUGUGACACGGCGCCCGUGGACGAGCCGACCGCUUCAAAGAGGUUUGCACGGACCGCCGAGGGACCGCCGAGCAGCUGGAGUUAAACCCCACCGAGCAGCUCCACCCAUCAACUAGCUCGCACUCGCCCUCUAGUGGCGACUUAUUGUGUUUUUUUUUGGUGGCCUUUUAUCUGCAGCCCUCCUAAAACUAAAGAGCACAACACAAUUGUCACAUCUGUACAGGAUGUUAUUGUGUAGAACCUUGUUGCUUUCACAUCCAAAUGUAUACGUUUUACUUUUAGAGGUUUUCCUUCACUCUUUCGGUGAAACAGAGCACUUAUAUUUAAAAAAAGGAAGUCAUGUACUGGUCUUAUUCGCUGAAACGAGCUGUGGUUGUUUCUAUCUUGGUGUUUUUUUUUUUUUUCUUUUUUCUCCAAAAAGAGAAAUCAAAACUGUUUUUCUAGAGAUUUGUUACUGUAUUGUUUGCUGAGAUGUUAUUUACCUUGACUGUUGUUAGCAGCUCAACCAUUUCUUGGUGCAUUGCAUACUGGGUAUUUUUACACUCCAAUUCAUACUGAAACACUAGAUCAGAUUUUGGAGACAGCUUUAGAUUUUUGGCGUUUGAUCGUCAAGUUUGGUUUUGACUGACGUGUGUGUGUGUGUUUACUAUGUUUUAGGUCACUUUUGUUUAGACAAUGCUCUGAAGGAACUGUACACUAUACCCCCCCCCCACCCCCCCCCAUACCAGCACUAGUCCACUAGUUGGAGUUGUAUGACGCUGUACAUUUUGUACUUUUCAUUAGUUGUCGCUGUUUUUUUGUCUUUAUUUUUUAGAUUAUUUAAGAAAGGCCUAAAACAAGUGUUCUUAAAUCUUCUGAAGGGGAAAAAGCAGUUGGUGGUAUAAUGUACUUUUAUGUCUCAAUCACUGCCUCACGCACAUACCUUAGACAUGUUACAAACUUUUUACAAAGAUUAUUUUCCAUUUUUGAUACUGAGGAGGGUUUUGCCAUCCCACCUUUUUGUGCUUUAGCAUUGCAGCCAAUCAAUAUAUAUAUAUAUAGACCUAUAUAUAUGCUUUCACUGCAAAGUCCACUCCAGUAUUGAGUCAUGUCAUCAAGCAUUUUUCUAAUUUUCCCAAAGACUUUAUCUAAUUUCUGAUUAUCAUUUUAUACAUAAAAGCACGUGUGUCUAAUAGUGUGUUAACGGUGAAAGGUUGUUGAUGGAUGAAAGAACAUCUGAAAUGUUUUGUUUGUUUGUUUUUAAGACUAGAAAAUGACACAAAUUGCACUAAUGUGAUAAAGUGUGUAAAAUGUUAUUCUUUAAAAAUCACCUGUUCAGACCCAGUUCCUUUCUAAUGUAAAGCAAACGGAGGACUGCCACAUGAUGCCUUUAUACAACCUCCCAUCUGUAUUGGUUAAGUUAUUAAGAUUCUAGAGAGGUGCAUUUAAAACUUGACCUUUGGUAUUCAUAUGCUUCUAUAUGGAGGUAUCUUUUUCCUACUUUGAUCAGCAAAGAUAUCCAUUUAUGUGAAAAAAGCCUGUGAAUAAUGUCUGGAGAAAUAAAAAGAAAUCUGAGAAUGUC